GAGGCAAGACGGACCCGGAAGACUGCAGCUAAGGUAAAGCAGUUUAUUUUUAAAAUUACUUACCGAUAGCGGGCAGCGGUGUUUUUCCUCUUUCAGAGAAGGAGCGGGAGCACCGGAGGAAGUGACGAGGACCAGAGGGGCAGCCGGGAAGGAAAGCAGUGACCAUAUAUAUCAGCAAGGCGGCUAAACCCGAGACUCUACAACUGUAGAGUCUCCCACCCGCCCUCCUCCUCUAACCUAGUUAAUAAGGCAACCAUGUCAGUGAGCCUCUGAAUUGGAAACGUUUAAUAACAUGAAAGUACCCUACAGGCGUCGAGAACAAUGAGGUUGCAGACUGUAGAAGAAACACGAAAAAAGUGCAAGCAACAAUUUGGAAAGAAUGAUGGAAAGUGAAAUUUUUCCCUACAAUACAACUGUGUUUUUGGCAAAGUCAGACGAAGACAUCAUGGAAUAUGCUGUGGAGCGGGGAGUUUCUGACAAAAUGCGCAUUAUCACAUUGCAGGUAGUCAACAUGGAUGAACACAUCCAGCCCAGCCUGACUGAGGUCAACUUGACAAUGAACCAACAAGGAAUUGAAAUGAUUCCAAAUGGGCUGAGACAGGCGUUGGUUGGUGAGGGUGAGAUCAUGCACACUCUUCCACUCCCUGAAGGAGUACAAGUUUUUAAGGUAGGGCCAAAUGGAGAGAUGCAGUGCAUUGAGAGAAUGGAACUGGAUGCAGUCCAUACUCCAGAAGAAUACAUAGGCACAAUGAUAGACCAAUACCACGAAUCUCUUGUCAAGAAAGAGAAAAGUAGUGUGCAGUGUGAUAUACAAAUUGAAAAUAAUACAGAUAUGACCAUUCAUCAUUGUGGAGGCAGACAGCUGGAGGGCCUACAACCAGAUGUAUCUGUUGAAAAAACUAUUAGUCCUGCUAGACGUAACAAAAUUAAGAAGAAAGAUGUUAAGAAGACAUUUCAGUGUAAACUGUGUUCUUAUACAUUUACACAACGGUCUAAUCUAGACCGUCACAUGAGAAGCCAUUCAGAUGAGCGGCCACACAAGUGUCACCUUUGUGAAAAGGCUUUUCGAACUGUCACCCUUCUGCAAAACCAUAUAAACACUCAUACAGGCACUAGACCACAUAAAUGCCCUGACUGUGCUAUGGCAUUUGUUACGAGCGGUGAGGUGGUGCGACACAGACGUUACAAGCAUACCCAUGAAAAGCCCUUCAAAUGUUCAAUCUGUGAUUAUGCUAGUGUUGAGGUAAGUAAGCUGAAGCGACACAUCCGUUCUCACACAGGGGAGCGUCCAUUCCCAUGCACAUUCUGCAGCUAUGCUAGCAGAGAUACAUACAAGCUGAAGCGACAUAUGAGAACUCACUCAGGGGAGAAGCCUUACACGUGCCAUGUAUGCCAGGCUAAUUUCACGCAGAGUGGGACGAUGAAAAUGCACAUCCGGCAGAAACACACUGACAAUGUGCCCAAAUACCACUGUCCUCACUGUGAUGCCAUCAUUGCAAGAAAAAGUGACUUAGGUGUCCAUUUACGAAAGCAGCAUUCCUACACAAGCUCGAGCAUGAAGUGUCGUUACUGUGAAGCUACUUUCCAUGAACGUUAUGCACUCAUCCAACACCAAAAGACACACAGGAAUGAGAAGCGUUUCAAGUGUGACCAGUGUGAUUAUGCAUGUAAACAGAAACGUCACAUGAUAAUGCAUAAACGUAUCCACACCGGAGAAAAGCCAUUCAGCUGCUCCCAGUGUGAUAAGCAGUUCAGACAGAAGCAGCUUCUGGACUUGCAUUUCAAGAAACAUCACGAUCCAAGUUUCAUCCCAGAGGCAUACAUUUGCUCCCAGUGUUGUAAAAGCUUUACUCGCAAGAAUGUCAUGAAAAGGCAUGCUGAGAGAUGUGGCAGUGUGACAAUACAAGAUGGAAAUGCAAUGCUUAUGCCAAAGAAAAGGAGGAAUAAGAAGAAUAAGUUGGAGUACAAACACAAUGCUGAAGCAAAAGGAGAUGAAUCUCCAGUUGGACUUGAGACUCAACAAUCCAUUGAAGUAACUGAUGACUGUCACAUCAAGAAUGAUGUCACAUCACCGACUAAAACAAAUGUGAUGAAAAGGAAAAAAAUGGUUAAAAGAAAAUCAGAUGGAAUGAAGUUGGAGCCACAGGACUUUGCAGGCAGUGAUUCUAACCACACAGUUGAGAUCAUACCAGUUGACAGCAGCAAAGAGCUAACCACAGUGAAUGUAUUCAAAGUGCCGACUCAGCCUUCAGCCAACUCCAGCAGAAACUAUGUGACAACCAGAAUCUCAAACCUGAGACUGAAGAUGUGGUUUACUGGGCAACAGUGAUGCCCAUGCUUUGGAGACUUGGACAACUCACAGCGGGCAUCUCAAAGACAUGGGGAACUACUACCAGCUGCGGCUUUGACACUUCUAUGCUUUUAAAGGUAUAUUUUGUCCUUUUUUUAAAGGGAGGUUUUAGGGCAGUGGCGCUGUGUUAGCUAUUGAAAGUCCAUAAAGUAAACAACUUGGGAGACUUUGGGUUUUUUUCAAAGGCGGGAACAAUAGAAGCAGCCUGAAUGGGUGGAGCAAACUCCCACAGAACUGGGAUAAUGGGAACUGCAGAUG